AAUUCACACAAUUUAACCCAAAAUCGCAAGGUAUGGAUAGUGGGAUCUUCUAUCAUUUAUUGGGCAUCCAAGAGAGCAGCGGUGCAGUUGAACAGUCACUUACGGCUGGAGCGCCUAGGGGUGAAUAUUUCCUGGAUGGGACGCCGUGGAUUAAAGUGGGACGGUGCGAUGUAUAAUAUCAGGAAGAGGUUAGUGGAAAAUCCCCCGCCUCAAUACAUUGUGUUACAUGUCGGUAGCAAUGAUGUAACAGAGAUAGCCACUGCAGAACUGUGUGUGAAGGUAGAAAGAGACAUACACAGUUUGUCCCAGUCAUUGCUAAGCUCUAAGUGUAUAUUAGUUUGGUCAGAUCUUCUUCCUCGUCUAACUUGGAGAGGGGGUAAUUCAGUAACAGCAAUAGAAAAGAAAAGGAAACGGGUGAAUAGAUCUGGGAGAAAAGCUGUCUUAGCAGGCGGGGGACGGGUUAUCAGGCAUGAUGACAUUACGUUUGACUGUCCACAGUUAUUUCGAAGUGAUGGGGUGCAUUUGGAUGACAUUGGUAAUGCAAUCUUCGUCAACACCUUGCAGGGCGCUUUGGAGACGUUUCUUACGUCUACUAAGUUAAUUUUUUCGUAGUUCUAAGUACUUUAACACUUAUACUAGGAUGAAUGGGGUUGACGGAUAUGUGAAGACAUAUCCGUGUGGCAUGAUAUGGUGGGCACGCAUGUAUGAUCAACAGCUUUAAUAUUGUUAAUUGCUAUAUUUAUAUGGCAGUUAUUGUUGUGGUUGCUUUGCCAUGGAAUUUUACACUGGGAAGCUAGUCAUCAGUUCUCACAUAUACCCAGGUAAAUGCUUCCUAUUGCCCUGCUAUGUUGCACACUAG